AUGUGGCGUGACUCGUUCAGAUUGCAGAUCUUCUGCCUGCUUCUGGCAGUACUGGCUAUUGUGGUGCUGGUCCAUAAUUUUUUUCAGCUGGAGCACCUGGAUGAUAACGCAGUCUCAGGAUCAAGUUGGAUAACAGAAGACAAUGUCCAUCAUUCCCGAUCACAGACAACCAAAACUACCAGGAAGCCUUUCUGUGGUUAUAAGCAGCAGAUUUUGUCCAAAAGAGAACAAGCAGAACAGGAAUCUUUGCUUGCUGCAAUACAGUGGCCAAAACCCCCUUAUGGAAAAAUUGCCUUUGAACAAAGCACUGAUCCUGCACAGAGUGACUUUGUAAUUGUGAAACCCAGUGGAUUCUUCAAGGUGGGUGAUCAGUUAGAGGUGCUCGUGCGCGCGAAGGAUUUCCAAGGAAAACCCAAACAGUAUGGUGGGGACUAUUUACAGGCACGAAUUCACUCUCCUCUGCUGAAAGCUGGAGCAACAGGAAGGAUUGUAGAUUGCCAUAAUGGCCUUUACAAAGUCUUCUUUACUUUGCUUUGGCCAGGAGAGGUCAAAGUUUCUGUGUCACUUGUCCAUCCCAGUGAAGCAAUACAAGUCCUCCUGCGUUUACGAGAAGAAAGGCCAGACAGGGUCUAUUUCAAAAGCUCAUUCAAGUCUGGGAGGCAUUUGGAGACCACUGAGUGCAAUGUUUGUUUGUCUGGAGACCUCCCUGUCUGUAACUUCACAGAUCUCUACACGGGUGAGCCAUGGUUCUGUUACAAGCCUCGAAAACUGUCCUGUGCCAGCCGGAUCAGCCAUGCCAAAGGUGGAUAUCAAAAAGGUCUUCUGACACAAGAGGAAAGCCUCUUUUUCCAAAGUGACGUGAAUAUCAAAAGGUCAAUACUCUCCAGUGGACCUGAUUCAGUGAUUGUAAAGCCCGACGCAUUUCCAGUUUCAAGCAGUAUGGACGGAGCUGAAGAUCCCACAGCUUCCCCUUCUGGUUAUUAUUAUGAAGACCAGUGGAGGUCCAGAACACACUGGAUUCAUCAUUUUGACAAGUCAGAUAAUAUAACCAAGUGCUUACAAGGAAAAGUAAUCCACUUGUUUGGAGACUCUACAAUAAGGCAGUGGUUUGAAUAUCUGACAGCAUUUGUUCCAGAUCUAGUGGAAUUUAACCUGGGGAGCCCUAAGAACGUGGGCCCUUUCAUGGCUGUGGACCUGAAGCACAAUAUCCUCCUGAAGUUCCGCUGCCACGGGCCGCCCAUUCGCUUCUCGACAGUCUUCAGCAGUGAGCUGCGCUACGUUGCCAAUGAACUGAAUGGCAUAGUGGGUGGGAGAAACACGGUGGUAGCCAUAACUAUAUGGUCCCACUUCAGCACCUUCCCUGUGGAAGUCUAUAUCCGGCGGCUGAGGAACAUUCGGAGAUCAAUCAUCCAACUGCUGGAUCGCAGCCCCAAGACUUUAAUCAUCAUCAGAACUGCUAAUGUUCAGGCGCUUGGGCCAGAAGUGAGCCUCUUUAACAGUGACUGGUAUUCCUUUCAGCUUGAUUCUGUCAUGAGGAAAAUGUUCUCAGGAAUUGCUGUGCACUUUGUGGAUGCUUGGGAGAUGUCUCUGGCUCAUUACUCGCCACACAACUUGCACCCAAAUGAAAUAAUUGUUAAGAAUCAAAUAGAUGCAUUUUUAUCUUAUGUGUGCCCUCUGCAAACUUAG